UCCUCCCUCCCACGACCUGCCCGUGCCCCCCACCACCCCCACCCCCACGCGUCCCGUUCGAAUCUCUCGCACGAAACCCACGAGCCAAGGACAAGGGAAAGCAGCGGCCGAAACGGAAUGGCUGCCGCCGAGCAGGAGCCGGACGCCGGCGGCCCGCGCAAGAAGCCGGACGCCGGCGCCGGGAAGCGGUGGGGCGGCGAGGACGGCGCGCGGAGCCGCGACGCCUCGCCGGCCGCGCCCCGCGAGGACGCCGGGAAGGACGGGGCGCUGGCGGAGUGUGCCGUCUCGUGCUGCGUCUUCUGCGCGUGCCUGCCGGUGGCCGUGCUCUGCUGCGUGGCGCGCGCGCCCGUCCGCGCCGCGCGCCGGUGCUGGCGGCUGAGGCGGCGGCGGCGGCCGGCGCGGCGCCUCGCGCCCGGAGGGUCCUCGUCCUUCUCCGACGCCGAGCUCGGGGACCUCCGGCAGGGGCGGGUGCGGACAAUGGCGGACGAGGACGGCGGGGCCGGAUCGCCGGCGUCCCCGCGGCAACCGCCCCCGCGGGAGGAUCGGAGGAGAUAGGUAGCGAGUUUGUUAGUUAGGCUGAUUGAUUUUUCUCCAGUCCAGUUUUGCUGUGAUCUGCCAAGUAGGAUGCGCCGUUUCGGUCUGUCCGGCCUCUCUCUUUCUCGUUUCCUUUCCUUUUGAUGAUUCUCGCCGUCGGUUCGUGGUUAGCUCACGACGAUGAUCAGCCAGAAAUUUCGGCAAAGAAGCAAAGGUUGCUGCCCAGUGCACAUUCGGCACCACAUUGCCUUGUCUAGAUGAUUUAUUGCUUUGAUGGUUGCGCCAAAAAUAAAGCCGCAUUACUGUAUC